CUAAAUUACCAGGCUAAAAAAAAGGAAUAUCCCGAAAGAAAAAUGGAGUAGAGCUGAACAGCAAAGAACGUUUCCAGAAGGACAACUUCAUACUUCCAUCUUCCAUUCGCCAUUGGUUUGCAGCUUGCUCAUCGGCGCUCUCAGUUCCUGCUCCACGCCCCAUUAUGUUGCGGAGGUACAUUUUGGAAGCUUCGAGGCGUAGAUCAGUAGAGAGGCUUCCUGCUCAGAUUGUGACGCAGGUACCUUCAUAUCUUUCUUUGAGAAAGGAAUUUUCAGUUAAAUCCCAACAGAAUGGACCUCAGGGAUCAGGUUCAACUGGCAAGCCCCCGGAGUCUGGAAGUAUUUUGUCAAAAUUCGUCAUUGGAAGUGUUGCAUUAGGUGCUGCUUUCGUGGCAGCUUAUCAAACUGGCUAUUUAGAUAAAUAUCUUAUCAAAGAGCCACUCUCAAUACCUGAAUCAGCAAAGGUUGGCACCAUUACUGGAUACCCUCAGGAUUCAAAAGAAAGCAAUAGCAUUAAACAAGAUAGUGGGCAAUCAGGAAAGCCAAUAACUGAGUCUAGUGUGUAUGAGUCAAAUGUAUCGACUCCUAGUGUAGAGGAAAGAUCAAAUGAGCCUACUCCUAAUGUGGGGCACUCUGUGGAAAGCAUUGAGAGUCAUUUAGACCUAUCUCAGCUAGAAGAUUUGAGCAGAAACCAAGACAACAGCCAGUCUCAGGUAAGUGGUUCCCCAGAAUUAUCUCAUGAAGAUGUCAGUAAUGUCCAAGUCAAAGACACAUCCAACUCCCAGCACAGCACCAUGGCAUCUGAUGAUGCAAAAAGUGGUUCUACUCAAAUCGAAGAGAGUUUUGGCUUAAAGAGCCCAUAUGUGACUCCUGAUGCUGAGCAUCAUGAGGUGGUUAAAAACACUCCAACACUUGAACAAGGUGAUGAAGUUCCAGUAAAAAAUGAAAUAAGCUCCAUGCCCACACAGCAUGUGAGCAGUCAAAGUGAGCCUGAGGGUGCUCCACAUGGUUCAACGACAGGAUCUAGUUCCAUCAUUGAUGAAUAUUAUCUCAGACAUAAGGAUGAAGCUACUGUAGUAGCUUCUGCCAACAAGGUUAUUGAAGAUCUAAAUGAUGCUUACAUAUCAAAGGAUGGUAAAUUGGUUCUUGAUUUUCUACAAGCUAUUCAUGAAGCAGAAAAAAGGCAGGCUGAGAUAGAUGCCCGUUCCUUUGCUGAAGAAAAGCGAAUAAUGAAGGAGAAGUAUGAAAAGGAACUAAAGGAUGCAAGAGCCAGGGAGCUUAUGUAUGCUGAAAGGGAAGCUUUACUUGAUAAGGAAUUAAAGAAAGAAAGAACCAGGGCAGUUUCUGCUCAAAAAUCACUCGAAGAAAAAUUGGAGGAAAGGCAUAGAAUGGAGCUUGAAGAAAAGGAAACUGAGGCUGAGCUAAGCCUGAAAAAAACACAAGAGUUGGCAAAAGCUGAACUGGCUGCAGCUAUUGCAAGUGAGAAGGCAUCCCAAAUUGAAAAGAUGGCUGAAGCAAAUCUUCAUAUAAAUGCCUUGUGUAUGGCUUUCUAUGCACGCUCCGAAGAAGCUAGGCAGACUCAUUCUGUUCACAAGCUUGCUUUGGGAGCACUUGCAUUGGAGGAUUCCCUGUCCAAAGGGCUACCAAUUCAGAAUGAAAUAGAAGCUCUGCAUCCUUAUCUUAAAGGGAUUGAUAAAGACUCUCUUCUAGAGUUAGUCCUUUCUUCUCUUCCUGAAGAAACACAGAAGUAUGGUAGUGAUACUUUAUUGCAACUGAAUCACAAGUUUGAUGCCUUGAAAGGAUCUCUACGACACUUCAGUCUGAUUCCCCCGGGGGGAGGUGGGAUUUUGACACAUUCUUUGGCUUUGGUUGCAUCUUGGUUAAAGGUUAGACAGGUUGACAAAUCCGGUGAUGGUAUUGAAUCUCUCAUUAAUAGAGUAGAGAUCUUGUUAGCCGAGGAUAAACUAAUUGAAGCUGCAGAUGAACUCGAGAAGGGCGUCAAGGGCACUCAAGCCGCCGAAGUGGUUGAUGAAUGGAUCAGGCGUGCUAGAAACAGAGCUAUCACCGAUCAAGCUCUAACCCUAUUGCAAGCUUAUGCCACUACCAUCAGUCUAACCUGAACUUCAUAACCCACUAUUCUCUCUAUUCACAUUUUGGCUCAUAACAUUUAGUUUUCCCUUCUAUAUUUUGCCUUGACAAAGCUCGGCCUUCAAUAAGUAACAUAUGUGAAUUUCGCAGUACACUGAAUUAAAUAAAACCGUAGUUGAAACAUAACAAAUUUUUGUAUGACAGAUUCAUAUAGAGGUGUUAUUGGAUUUUGGGCAUGUAUCAGACUAAACAUUCUUUUGACUGGAAAAUCAUUUAUACUUUUAAGAUUAAAGCCAUGGUUUUAUUGAAGCUAUGUUUUACAA